AUGGUACUCCCCCUACUCCUCUCUGACCCGAGUACUGGUCUACGAUAUGGCGAUCUUGGAAGGACUGUUCUUCACUUUCUUCAUGUCGUUCAUUCCAUGGAGCGCGCCACGUCCAUCUUCUUAGAAGCAGUAUCAUAUGAGAGCAGACUUGACGAAAGUGACACGCCUCCAACGUCCUCUCUCUCCUCAUUCGAUGCGCAUGUUGGAGACUGCGCCUGCCAAACGCGCGCCCAAAUGUUCUGGGAUCUUUUCAGCUUUUAUAAGAAAGAAGAAAACAGGAGUGUCCUUGCCAAUGCCGUCGCGGUCCUCAAAUCUGUCAAAGCCAACACUGCUAAACUUCUCGAAGAAAUAGAGUUGAACCGCGCAAAGCCACGCUGCCCCAGCCUAAUGACUCUUGUCACCCACCAGGCUGUCUGGGAGCGUAUUGGAUUUCUUUCUUUUCUGGACCUCUCCCACAAGGACACGGAAGAGCGUGGAAAGCCGUUUCAAGAUGACCCAGAGUCUCAAUGCAUGUUCUCGUUUCACUUUUCGUAUAUAUAUCUCUCACAAAUAUGCCUUGCAGGGUCGAAAAAGGUUUCUCAAUCUGGUCACCGGCAUAGGGAUAUUGUAGUUGAUACCGAGUGGAUGCCCAGCGACAUAGUCUUUGUUUCUCGGUUGCUUACAAUGUGCAACAUGUUGUCAGAAUUUCGAUUUGCAAGCAUUGAAGCAGGACCGCCUGCUCGAGUCAAGGUCCGCGUAGACCUCCCGCUUAUGUACGAGAGGAACGCAAAAGAGCUUGAAUAUCUUAACCUUUCGAAUAAGCGCCGAAUCGACUAUCAUAUCCAGGCACACUCGAAAACGAAUCGCCAGACGGAGGCCAUGCAAAUAUAUGUAUCCAGAGUGACGGUAGACUGGGUGAAGAAAGCCGCCAUGAAACGGAAUGGCUCAUGGACAUGCUUCCCGGAUAGUUUCUUUGCGACAAGUAAUCGAAAGAUUGAAUGUGUCGCUGCAUAUGCAUCCUUCUUAAUAGUUCGGGAGGCGUGGUUAAAGUCGAGGAUACCCAUCUUGAUGAUGAUUCAACACUUUUGCUCUCACGGAGGCUAUCGAAACUUGUACUGUCGUAUUCUGCCCAACCCAGCAGAUAACAUGACUACAGCCGAUUAUGUGGCUCUAGGCCAAGCUCAAUGGUUCGAUAUAGAAGUGCUCACUGUCGACCAAAUUGCAUCUGCACCAUGGAACAGAAACCCGCAUACCAUUAUUGUCGGCAUGUCGUGCCAGGGUACUAUUGAAGACUUCAGAUUGCGCCUUUUGGAAAGUCAACAGGGGCUUUUACCUGUUCAGCAUCGCUGUAGACAAGCCGACGAGUGUGCCUUAGCCAUUGAGUGCAUAAAUAUCUCGCAUUUAGUUGCCCACUUCUUUUCUCAGCACGAGCAAUUCCCAUUUACACUUCCUGGAGGCGAGGAUGAAAUUGAACGGGUUGGCUGCGCGUUGGAGCAUUCUCUGGGAGCACAUGCAAAGUCUGCCUUUUUCAUGGGCCGUGCUGGCGCUGAGAAGUUUGGCACUGGAAGAUCGACACGACUGGCCACAAUUGAACACAUCUUCCUAGAAUAUCCGAGUGUCUUUGCCAAUGAUAUGAAAAGGAUCGGAGAAAAGCCACAGGUUCUUGGAUGCCAACUGGAGUAA